CAGCUCUUACGUGUGUGGCAUCAACACAAGCGAUAUUAAACGCGUACUCGCAUAAAAUAUUUGCGAGAAAAAUUAAAUAUAUAACUAUUAAAUCGACAAUUUUAACGGAACAAGAUAUUUAAAACGAACCAAAACGCAGCGAUCUACUCAACGAACGAAAAGAAAAAUUACGCGAACAAAAACAAAAUAAAAAAUUAUAACAAUUGACAAAAAGAAUAUUAGUGAAAAGCAACAAACCAAAAAUAGAUGAUCGAGCGGCGGGUAAAAAAGUCCGACGCCAACUCAACUACCAGACCACCACCCCCCAAUUGAGUCAUCAACAGCUGCCACUGUACAAUACCAACAAAAACCAAAACAACAACAACAACGAUUAUCAAUUGUUGCUGUAGCUGAAUACAUACUAGUGAUCAGUGGCUGAGUGUGCAUGUGUGUGCGAUGAGUGUGCGUGUUCGCGCAAAUCCAAACUACACAGAAUUAUAUACUUGCAUAUAGAUAUUUUACUAUACAUACAUACAUACAUAUAUCUAUUCUUCUUUAUGUUUGUAUGUGUGGCAUAUGUACGAUCGGAUCGCUUUAAAGGCUACAGCGACGUUAAUUAAAAUUUGUUUUGGAAUUAUUAUUUUUAUUAAUAUUGUUGGCGUAUGUGCCGAGCAUAAUUAAACGAUACACGAGAGUGGUCUCUAUCAGCUAGAUACAUAUACGAAAGAUAUCCAUACGAACAACAAAAGCAACAAUAAGAAGCCACAACAACAACGACGAUACUACGAAAAUCAUAACGACAAAUUUUUAGAGCCGUAAAAAAGAUACAGCGAAAGAGAAGGGGAGAGAAAGAGUGAGAAGGAAGCCCAAGCACAUAAACAAAAGCUCAACGAAAGGCAAAGAACCCAAAUAUCGGAAGAAUUUUGCAUUAAAAGACCACGCUAAAAUAUCAAACUCUGCAAAUAGAGGAGCACUUUUUCUUUUUGUAUAUAAUACUACGAAGAAGAAAGUGUCAAGGCUAAGAAUUGUAUUAAAAAGCAAAAACUAAAUAAUUGUGAUAUGUACAAAUUUACUCAAAUACUGAAAAACCAUAUAUAAGAGUCUAUUCCAAGAAUUCACAACGCCAGAAAGGGCAGCGAAUAAGCAACGUUUAGAAAUUAAAUAAAAACCAAAGAUUAGGUUUUUCACACAUUUAACAAAAAUGGCGGAAAAGGUAGAACAACCACAAGCCAUAUUGAAUAAUCAACAAAAUGAUGCUCGAAAGGUGCGCAAGUCCCCCGAUUUUCAGCCCAUUAUGCCAGGUGUUAUGGCCAGAGAACGCAGCUUUGUACGCACCUCCAAUCAACAGAAUAUCAAUAAAAGGCGCAGUCUGGCAUUUAACAAUGUUUCGGGGAAUCAAACUGGUCAAAUGCGUGGCGGCAAGCCCGCUAUGGAUAUAUAUAGACCACCCAAUGUGCGCGGCGAGAAUUCUGCUGGUGGGGGAGGUGUUGGUGGUGGAGCUGGUGGUUGUGGUGGUGUUGGUGGUGGUGUCACGAACAAACUGAACGUUAAUGCACAGGAGUUCACAAUGACGACCAACUCACGUGCGACGCCACCGGCAGAGGCACUGAGCACCAGCAAUCGUUCAUCACUAAUAUUUCCUCUGGCCGCCGCCGGACCGGGUCUGAUGUCGCCCCAGCAACAACAGCAAUAUGUGGCAGCCUCCAAUGCGGCGAUUUUGAAUAGAAGACAGGCGGGUCUAUCGCUGGGCAGCAUGCCUCUAAAUAAUCUCAAUGCCAAGUCCGGGCAUCAUCGCUCUAUAUUGGUCAACACGCCAAUGCCGCUCAUGAAUUCACCCUCCAGUGGGAACAUAUUGCAUACAACGAAUCGUGUAAAGUUCGCGCCCGAGCCCAGGACACACAAAAUGGCGCAAAACCAGUUCAGUGGCAGCAACAAUCCUUACCUACAACAGCAAUAUCAAGGAAAUCAGCUUAAUGGCACCGAUCCUUAUAUGAAUGGCAAUGGACUGCAACGCUCUAAGUCGCUUUCGUCGGCUGAUGCGUUGACCCGCGGCAUGGCGGGACUGGGUCUGGGUCUCGGUAACGAGGUGGCAGACAUUGGACAAUUUACACCAGAGAUUCAGACGCUGAUUGACACUGCGCUUGAAGAUCCCAACAAAUUGAAUUCCCGUUGCCUCAUGGAACUGACUUCCCAGUUUAUAAAGCGUGCUGUGGAAAGUCGUCGCUUCGCUUUGCCCAUUUCACGUCUAUGCCUCAAUAUCAUAGCAAAGGAACAGAAAGAAACCUUUUUGGAGGCGCUAUUGAACACAUGCCGCCAAUGGUAUCAAGAACGCGAAAAGCUGCUUUUUGCCAUACAAGGCAUGAAAUCGCCAUCCCGUGUGCGCUUCACGGCCUUCAUGGCAUUUCUAACGGAAAUGUUUUGUCAACUGAAAAGCCGCCAGUUGCAGUUGCGCACCAAAAGCGAGGGCACCCCACCGCCCCUAGUGCUGCUCAGUCUGCUCUCGAAGUGCUGUGAGGAUUGUGUGCGACCCCCUGUGCGAUCCCUAUCAGAGAUUGACUGCCUGUUCUUUGUAUUGACUUGCAUUGGACAGGAUGUGGAGCAACAGCUCCCCCAGCAACUGGAGCUUCUCAUGGCUCUGGUGCGCGAUGCGUUCCUCAAUGCUGGCGAUGCAGCUGCUCCCAUUCGUCGCACCCUGCUGCAGUUAAUCGAGCUGAAGGCCUCCCACUGGCAACUACCGGGCAAUACGGUGCUGUAUUACACCCAUAAUAACAACUAGGCGACGGAUUGACUAUCGGGGAUUGCUCAGGCGCACAGCAAUUUGUUGCAAUGGCAAGACAUUUUAAAUUGCUCGCGAAUUGCAUUUAGGCCUGUACGCAUCCCUAUGCAAACACUACUACACUACACUACACAUAUAUUUACAUACACACCCAUAUAUAUAUAUUUACACAUACAGACAAUAACAUGCAUAAUUUUAAGUACUAUUUAUUUUGAUGGUGAUCCAUCAACUAACCCAAGCAAUUAUGAUGUAUACAGUAUGAUGAUCAUUUGCGCGAAUGCAAUAAUCCAUAAAUUAAAUACUGGCUACGAGUCAGGUUGAAUCAUACUCCAGAUUCUAACAACGUAAGGCUCAAUUUUUUGUGAAUCCGUCAUAUAUUAUAUGUAUUUGAUAAAUAUUAAAAUAAACUGCUAGUCAAACCUGAA